GUGCAGGAAAUUUAAAGGCUUGGACCCUGCGAGACAGACAAACCGGUGCCAACGUGCGCGGACGCCGCCGCCGCCGCCGCCGCUGGAGUCCGCCGGGCAGAGCCGGCCGCGGAGCCCGGAGCAGGCGGAGGGAAGUGCCCCUAGGACCGGCUGGGCCAGCGGCGCUGCACACGGCGGCAGGACGAGGAGCAGCGAGGAGAGGAGGAGGGGAGAGCGGCUCGUCCACGCGCCCUGCGCCGCCGCCGGCCGGGAAGGCAGGAGCAGCCGGCGCCUCCCGCGCCCGCGGCCGCCCCGGAGUGAUUUCGGAUGCCCCGCCGCGGCAGCCUUCCCGGAUAGACCCCGGAGAGGAGUCGCCGCCAACUUGUGUGCCUUUUUUCCGCCCGGGCGGGAGCCGGCUCUGCGCGAAGGGCUCUCCCGGCGACUCAUGCUGCCGGCCCUGCGCCUGCCCAGCCUCGGGUGAGCCGCCUCGGGAGACGGGGGAGCGCCGCGGCGCCGGGGCUCGGCGUGCUCUCCUCGGGGACGCAGGACGAAGCGGCAGCCCCGGGCGCGCGCCGGAGGCAUGGAGCGCUGCCCCAGCCUGGGGGUCACCCUCUACGCCCUGGUGGUGGUCCUGGGGCUGCGGGCGGCACCGGCCGGCGGCCAGCACUAUCUCCACAUCCGCCCGGCGCCCAGCGACAACCUGCCCCUGGUGGACCUCAUCGAGCACCCGGACCCUAUCUUUGACCCCAAAGAGAAGGAUCUGAACGAGACGCUGCUGCGCUCGCUGCUCGGGGGCCACUACGACCCGGGCUUCAUGGCCACCUCGCCCCCCGAGGACCGGCCCGGGGGGGGCGGGGGGGCAGCCGGGGGCGCCGAGGACCUGGCGGAGCUGGACCAGCUGCUGCGGCAGCGGCCGUCGGGGGCCAUGCCGAGCGAGAUCAAAGGGCUGGAGUUCUCCGAGGGCUUGGCCCCGGGCAAGAAGCAGCGCCUGAGCAAGAAGCUGCGGAGGAAGUUACAGAUGUGGCUGUGGUCGCAGACCUUCUGCCCGGUGCUGUACGCGUGGAACGACCUGGGCAGCCGCUUUUGGCCGCGCUACGUGAAGGUGGGCAGUUGCUUCAGCAAGCGCUCGUGCUCGGUGCCCGAAGGCAUGGUAUGCAAGCCGUCUAAGUCCGUGCACCUCACGGUGCUGCGCUGGCGCUGUCAGCGGCGCGGGGGCCAGCGCUGCGGCUGGAUUCCCAUCCAGUACCCGAUCAUUUCAGAGUGCAAGUGCUCAUGCUAGAACUCGGGGACCCCGC